UAUAUAUACGGUAUGUCACCAGUACUAGAUUCCAAUUUAUAUACUCCAUUCGCUCCAUAGAUGCAUUCGCUCAAACUCCCAUAUAUAUAUAUACGAUGAUGCGGAGUAGAUGCAUUCGCUCCAUAGAUAUACACACCCCGGUACCUAUCUAGAGGUAGAAGGCUGCAUAUCGUACGUCCUCGGCAAAUGGGAGGAACACAAAUUGGAACUCAUGGCCAGUGUUCCUUCCUCAAGAACUUCCUCACUGGUGCUCUGUUGACCUUGCCUAUCGUUUACAUCCUCCUCUACUCCACUCCAUCUUUCCUCUCAUGUACCAGUCUUCUCGCUGCAUUUCAAGCACAUCGCUCAGGCACAAGCCCUCCUCAAGCUUGGCAGCAAUGCGACUACACCGCCGGGAAGUGGGUGUGGGAUGACAGCACCACCGGCCCGCGGUACGAUAGCCAGAACUGCGAAAUGAAGAGCGCGGAGAAGUGCGUCAUCAACGGCAAGCCGGACAACGGGUACCUGCACUGGCGGUGGCAGCCGGCGGGCUGCAACCUCUCGGCGCUCGACCCGACGGAGUUCCUCCGUGUGGUCUGGGGCAAGCGCCUGGCUUUCGUGGGCGACUCCACGGCGCGCAACCAGGCGGAGGCCCUCGUCUGCUUCCUCUCCACGGUGUCGCGGCCCGAGACGACGCACCGGUACGACGAGCGGCUGGGCCGCAAGUUCUGGCGGUGGGUCUUCCCGGCGCCGCACAACGUCGAAGUCUCCACGUACUGGUCGCCGUUCCUGGUGCGCGGCGAGGGCAGGUCGGAGGACUACGGCAUGACGCAGGACACGGUGUUCCUGGACGCGCUGACCGAGCCGUGGACGGCGGACGUGGACGCGAUGGACGUCAUGGUGAUCUCGGCGGGGCACUGGUUCAACCACCCGGCCGUCUACUACGACGACGGGCAGAUCGCCGGCGUCUUCUCCCGUCCGGACGUGAACGAGACCGACAUCGGCGGCGGGUACGUCGGCGCGUACCGCAAGGCGAUCCGGAGGGCGCUGGAGUACGUGAACGAGAAGUCGUCGAGCGGCGACAGGCAGAAGCUGGUGGUGGUGUCAACCAUGGCGUCGGCGCACUUCGACGCCAGGUACGCGUGGAACCACCGGGACGCGUGCUCUCGGCCGAACCCGUAUGGUGAGGGAGAGGCGCCCGAGGAGGUGAUCACGGCCGAGAUGAGGAAGGCCGUGCUGGAGGAAGCGGCCACGGCGGCGGCGAAAAGGCAGCGACGGGGGUUGCGGUUCGACGUGCUGGACGUGACGAGGCUGGCAUCCAUGCGGCCCGACGGGCACCCAGGCGCCUACAUCGUCAAGGGCAGGUACGGUCUCGGAAAGCCCGUGCCAGAGACGGUGAACAACGACUGCUUGCACUGGUGCUCGCCGGGGCCUGUGGACACGUUCAACGACAUACUCAUGCAGAUGCUGGCUACAAGCGGCUGAAGCCAAGUGGUAUGCACGAUGCGGUACAUGCCCAUCGACGCAUCGUGCAUGCGUGGUGGCUGCCACGACGCCACCUACCCACCACCCCGACCACGCGCAUCUCUUGCGCACGCGUCCACGCGAGGCCGACGGCCACGUAGAAAAUGCAAGAAAUCUACGAUGAAUUUUUAGGCAUGACAAACCGAAUGUCUUUUAUUAUAGACUAGCACAAAUGCCCAUGCUUUGCAACGAGACACAUUGUUACAUGUCUUAUGACUAUAGCUAUUUCCCUUCUUUCUCGUCUCAGUUUGUCACACGUACAUGUGUUAUAACUGAAUAAAAAAUCUUUAGACUGUUACGGUUUUCGUAUAUGCUCUUCGGAGAGGAAAAAAAGACCAACUUAAUUUAUAAAGCACGUUAAAUACCUCGAUAGGUUAUCAACACCUUUUAUUAUGCUCAC